AGCUACAGCCACAGCUACAGCCAAGAGUCGAAUACUCAAGUCGAGUCAGUCUAUUGCAAACGGUUGAGUCGAAAAGACGUCCUCUAUAUUCGAGCUCUAGAAACAAUACAAAUACAAAACAAUAAUCAAAAGAGAAGAGACACAGUCACAGUAAAGUUGUUGUUGUUGUCUUGUCGGUUCGGUUCAUAUUAACGAAUAACGAUUGUAUACCUAUUCCUGGAAAAAUAUUUUUAACGAAAUUCAUUUUAAACGGAACUGAUCGUGAGCGGUGGAAAUUUCUCAGAAUUAAGACUUUCAAAAGAAAUGACUCAAAGCUCCCAUCAACAUUGGACACAAACAAAAACCAAUUAUUCUUCCACAUUUAGUAUCAAUAAUAAUUGCCCAAUCAAAUAGCAGUCAUAAAAAGUCUAAAUUGACUUUGCCUAGUAAAUCUAAUGGGGCACCGUCUUAGUAAAACAAUUAUAGCCGAUGGUUCAAACAUUGCGGCAAAUGAUAAGAAAACCAAACGUUCUUCAACUAAAAAUAACCACUCUACAUCAUCAUCAUCAUCUAAAAGAGAAUCAUCCAAUAAUAAUACCUCAUCAUCAUUGAAUCUCGACACAUCUUCUACGGGAGGUCCUAGAAUAAAAGUCAUAACAGACUCUCAAGCUGCAGUUCGAUUAGAAACUAGCAGUGAAUCAAGUUCCUCUGCAAACGGUUCCACACAAAUAAUCAUUAAAAUUCUACUAGCCACAAUGGAACCGGGUGAUGAAAAUGAUCCAACAUCAUCAUCAUCAUCAAAAACAACAACAGCAACACAAAGACUAGAUGCCCAUGCCACAUUAGAAAGUAAUAAUAAUUUGAAUGUUGAACGUUCAAAUUUGACAGUUAAUGCAAUUAAUUUUCAACGGAAUAUCGCUUGCGAUCAAGGAAGUGAGGUUAAAUUGAAUAAUUUAAAUGGCGGCGGUGGCGGCAGCGGAUCAUCGAUGAUGUUAAAAAAUAAUAUUAAUAAUAACAAUAAUAGUAAUAAUAAUUUCGUGAGUAAUUUUACGGUCGAGCAGAAUAGUGAUGAAUUUAGGAACGGACAAAAUGUACAGAAUUUAAAUAUAGUGGUGCAACAAAUGGGAAAUAGCCAGAUUCUAAAUAAAAAUAAUGCCACAGACACCCGGCAAAGUAAUAAUAAUAAUGACAGUUCGAGCAAUCGGAGUAGCAUGAGUUGCAGUGAAUUCAGUGAUGCCAACGUUGAGUCCUUUGACGAGGAGUGUUCGACGAAAGCGAGUGCAAUUACUGCAUCGACGUGUGCUGAAGAUUGCAAGAGUUACUGCUGUCACCAAAAAAAAUCCACAUCAUCCUCAACCUCCGCCUAUCAUUCCAAAUGGACCUACUGCAAAGGCACCUGUGCCGAUGUUAUAAACAAAUUUCGACCAAGUUGUAGUAAAAAACAAAACCAACUUCCAUCAAGCACAUCAAGCCAGAGUUCCGAGGUGCAGCCGCGGGCGGUUGCCUUAGCCAACUCAUGUGAUUUGUCUCGAACGUCAAGCAAUCAUUUGCAACUAUGGUCACCCCAAAUUGUGCUCGUUCAAUACCCAACUGCUUCCCAAGUAGUCGCUCUAGCACCCAUUGCUAAUCUAGACGAACAUGCAUUUAGACUGAUGACUGGCGAUCUAGCCAUCCCCCGAACACCUGAAUCCUCGAUUUCGAUGUCGGUCUCACCGUGUUCGACGACGUCUUCGGUGGCGGCGACGACGCCAGCGCCAAAUGGACCCGUUGUGCAUUCACAGGUUGAUUUCAUGCAUUCGCUGGUGCCGGACUUGGACAAGAUCACAAAAUCCACCUACUAUUGGGGAAAAAUGGAUCGGUACGAGGCUGAAAGACUAUUGGAAGGAAAGCCCGAGGGAACAUUUCUACUGAGAGACUCAGCUCAAGAGGAAUAUCUGUUUUCGGUGACGUUCCGGAAGUAUGGGCGAUCGUUGCACGCGCGAAUCGAACAGUUCAAUCAUGAAUUCAGCUUUGAUUGUCAUGAUCCUGGCGUUUUCACAGCCCCCACAGUCACCGGCCUGCUGGAACACUACAAAGACCCAAGUAUUGUUAUGUUCUUUGAACCAAUGCUAACCUCUCCUCUGCAUCGGACGAAGACAUUUUCCCUCCAACAACUGUGCCGCGCAACAAUCGUCAGCAGAACUACCUACGAUGGCAUCUCCGAACUCGAAAUUCCCAUCCGACUCAAGUCCUACCUAAAAGAGUACCACUAUAAGCAACGUGUGCGCGUUAAGCCUUUCGAUGAAUCCUUCUAUAAUUGUGCCUAGUUAAAAUGGCCCUAUCACUUGUGUUGGACUCAAGGGAACCUGCAAGCAUAACAAAAGCAACAUUUACCGUUAACAGCAUAUCAAAAACCAAAAAACUGCCCCUCGUUUAAAAAAAAUGCACUGCGCUCAAAAUGGCCGCUCAACUAUUAUAAUGAUUUUAAGGGCGCCAUCACAGUUCGCAGACUUUUAACUUUUAAGAAAAACAACAAAAAAUAAAAAGAAAUCCCCAGUGAUGAAAGUAUUUAUUAAAUUCCAUAAAAUUCUCUCUAAUUUGAUUUAAAACAAAACAAAACAAAAAACUAUCAAUUUUGUUAAUUAUUUAUUUCCAGAAACAAACAAAAAUUGUAUUGAACCAAACAAAAUAACCGCCAUUUUCCUUUUUCCUUUGUGACAAAAUAAAUUAUGUUAAUUUUUAAUAUGGCGGUUAAGUUCAAAUUAUAGCAAAACAAAAAGAAAAAGAAAACCCUGUAUUAUAUUUUUUAAAUAUAGGUCCAUAAAUAAUAAUUAAUUAUUAAACAAACAAACAAACAAAAAAACAAGUAAGAUACAAAAUAAUAAAAUGCAUAAUGAGUAAAAUAUAAUUAUUCAAAAUUUUAUGUACAUCAAGUGUAAAUAUUUUCAUUUUAAUUAUUCUCCCAUUUUUCGUUACACUAUUUAAAAAAAAAAUUGUUAUUGUUUUAUUUUUUAUUUUUAAAUUAAUUUUGAGUGGAAACCACGCAUUAUGAAUAGACUUUUUAUUUUUUAAUAUUUUGUUUGUAUAAAAUAAGAAUAAAAUUAACAUAAAUAUGUUUAUAUUUAAAAAAUAUAAAAUAAAACAAAUUUAUUUUGGCAGUGCCAAAGUUUUUAUUAUUAUUUAUAAGUUUACUGUAUUUAUUUGGUAGUUGAAUAUUAUUAUUAUUAUUAAUAUAAUUAUUAUGGUAGUAAUGGAAUAUUUAUAAAAUUAAGUAAUAUAAUCAAAACAAAUUAAAUUAUUUAUAUCUAUUAAAAAGAAAAAUUAAAAAAUACUAUAAAAAAGAAAAUAAUAGAAAAACAAACAAAUCUAGAAGUGGAAAAAAUAUAAACAAACCUUUAGAGAAGCAAAAAUAGUUAAAACAAAAAUAAAUUAAAGCUUAUCUACUGAAAAGAAAAA